AUGCAUUGUUUGACAUACCGUGUUGAAGGCUUACAUGAGUAUGUGUAUCAUGCUGGGAUAGUUCCGCCUAGAGACGACGAUAAAGGACGAAGGGGAGAUCCCCUAUAUGGAAUGUCAAAUUCCUUAAUGCCUGGGUAUCAGUCGACUUCGAAUGCGGCGUUAGUAUCGAAUAAUGUUCAGAGCGCUCCUCAAACGGAUAGGCACAAUGUUGUAACUAUACAACCAGGAGUAGAUCUAGCGGAAGACGAAACAGUGCAACAAUGUCAAAUCCCCAGGCCUCAACCAAACCUAGGUGGAUCAAGGGAAAGACGCCAACCAGUAAUGUUGGUGAAUCGACAACAAGACAUUGAUCAAAUUGUCGAUAACUAUCGACCAGAUGAGACAGCAAUAGAGAACAAUCUGACAAUGAUUGUCGAAAGGAUUAUGGCCAGAAAUGGAAUGAAUACUUCAUUACAAAGGCCAACAUAUUCUUCCCCGUUAUCUGUGUACAUUGUACAAACGGAAAAACCUAAAGGUUGGAAAAUACCUAAGUAUACCAAGUUUGGGGGAGAAACAAUAGAAUCAACAGUCAAACAUAUAGCCAGAUAUUUGACCGAGUCGGGGGACAUGGCAAACAAUGAAAGCCUAAGAGUGAAGCAUUUUCCUUCAUCCAUCACUAAGGCGGCAUUCACGUGGUUUACCACUCUGCCCCCUAAUUCUAUUGACUCAUGGUCUAAAUUGGAAAAACGUUUCCAUGAAAAUUUUUAUGAGGGACAUUCGAAAAUUAGUUUAGUCGAAUUGUCGAAUAUUAAGAGAAGGUUCCUUGAGACCAUCGAUGACUACCUAAACAGGUUUAAGCCAUUGAAGGCAAAGUGUUUUACGCAAAUUCCCGAACAUGAACUUGUUCAAAUGGCUGUGGGGGUUUUAGAUAAUUCCAUCAGGAAGAAGAUAGACCCAACCUUUGUCAAAAGUAUGUCACAACUAGAUGAUAGGGUUCGACACCUUGAGCGGUUACAAUUAGAAAAAGUUAGACAUACCAAGGCUAAGACUAAGAAAGAAAAAGUAGCCUAUGUCGAUUAUGAUGAUACAUACCCUAUAUAUGAGGCCGAUUUUAUCUCGCCAACUGAGGCAGAGAUCUCGACUUAG